AUGUCCAAGCCUCAGGUCCUCAUCUGUGGCACCAUCGUCCACGCCCACGACGAGCUCAAGAACGACCUCGGCUCCGUCGCAGAGAUCCUCCACCUCGACACGCCCUCGCGCAAGGAGUUCUUCGACGCCUGCUCGUCGGGCAAGUACGCCAACAUCGUGGCCAUCUACCGCCACAACGACUCUGUUGACAAGAUUGGCUUCUUCGACGCCGAGCUGAUCAACGCUCUUCCCUCGUCGCUCAAGUCGAUCUGCCACAACGGUGCGGGGUACGACCAGAUCGAUGUGCACGCUGCCAAGGCACGAGGAAUCACGGUUUCUCACACUCCCGCCGCUGUCGACGAUGCCACUGCGGACACGGCCAUGUUCCUCGUCCUCUCGAGUCUGCGUCAAUACUACCGUGCCGAACUCAACGCUCGCGCCGGGAAGUGGAAGUCGGGUCUCAAGCCUGCGCACGACCCCGAGGGAAAGAUCCUCGGCAUCAUUGGCAUGGGCGGCAUUGGUUCGGCCCUCGCCAAGCGCGCCUCGGCCUUCGACAUGAAGAUCAUCUACUACAACCGCAACCCCAACCCCAACGCCGAUGCCUCGUACACCUACAUCUCGUCCCAAGAGGAGCUGCUCGCCCAGGCAGACGUGGUCUCGCUCAACCUGCCGCUCAACAAGCAGACCGAAAAGUCGUUUGGCGCCACCCAGUUCGCACAGAUGAAGGACGGCGCCAUCCUCGUCAACACCGCCCGCGGCGGCGUCGUCGAUGAAGAGGCCUUGAUCGACGCCCUCAACUCCGGCAAACUCUCCAGCGCCGGUCUGGACGUUUACCCUGCAGAACCCAAGAUCGACGAAAGGCUGGUCAAGAUGGAGCAGUGUGUGUUGCUGCCCCACAUGGGUACCGAGACCGUCGAAACGCAGAAGAAGAUGGAGGUGCAGGUGUUCGGUUCCAUGAAGACCGCGCUUGAGACUGGAAAGCCUAGCUACAUUGUCAAGGAGCACAAGUAG